CUUCACCACCCUCCUUGCUCCCCAUCCUCUUGUCCGGGUUCAUCACAUCUACGAUCCUCCUUGGCUGACUUCCUUCCAUCUGCAUCAUGGAUUCUUCUGAUGCAGUAGUGACGGUGGCUGCACUGGGUCGACCUUUCACCUUGGGAAUGAUGUAUGAUGCGCGGACUCAACAGCUGGUGCCAGGUGUGUCACUGUGGGAUCCACAGGUCCUGGCCAAGAACACAGUGGAGACUGGAGAACCCAGCAGUCAGUUCCACGUCCUGGCUUCAGACUCUCUGGAGUCCAAGUCUUCGCUGUUGAGCGUCGAUGCAUCUCUGAAGGCCAGUUUCCUCGGAGGACUGAUCGAAGUCAGUGGCUCUGCCAAAUACCUGAACGACCACAAGACGUUCAAGAAUCAGUGCAGGGCCACCUUCCAGUACCGGGGCUCCACUGUGUUCAAGCAGUUGGCAUUGACCUGUUUGGGGCAGCUAGAUGACCAGCAGAGGGAACUCAUCGAUAUGCACUUAGCCACUCAUGUGGUCACUGGCAUUGUCUACGGGGCCAAUGCUUUCUUCGCGUUUGACAGUGAGAAGUUGGAGUCCAGCUUAGUCCAGGGCAUCCAGGGUCAGAUUCAGGCAGUGAUGAAAAAAAUCCCAUCAUUCGAUGUUGAGGGUCAAGUUGACAUCCAACUGUCGGAGGAAGAGAAAAAUUUGACCAACAAAUUCUCCUGCACCUUCUAUGGGGACGUCCUUCUGGAGAGCAACCCUUCUACAUUUGAGGAAGCUGUGAAGACCUACGUGAACCUUCCUAAGCUGCUGAGAGAUAACAAGGAAGCCGUCGCGCCAUUGAUGGUCUGGAUGCUUCCUCUCGUGAAGCUGUAUCCCAAAGCUCCUGUGGUGCCAAAGCACAUCACCCCUCAGUUGGCAAGGAAAGCAGUCGAGGUUCUGGAAGAUCUGAGGGAGUUCCAGAGUGAGUGCAAUGAAGCGCAGUCUGAGGUAGCAUCCCAGGCCUUCCCUGAUCUUGGUCGUAUGUUGUUCCGAUUCAAUAACCUCUGUAGCUACUACAUCGAGGUUCUCCAGCAAGCUCUGUCAGCCAAACUCCCUGAGGUUCGAGGAGGUUCAGGGGAUGAAAAGGAGUUGAUGCGUAUUUUCCAGGACAGAGACACGGCACCGUUCAGUCACGAGAAGCUCAGACAGUGGAUGGACCAAAGAUUACAGGAGGUAGCAGUGAUCCAGUCUAUUGUGAAUAUGAUGGAUGGCACCGACGUGAAGCUUAUCAAGAGUCAGUCAGAGUUGCACAGACAGCUUCUGGAUGCAAAUGUCCACGAUGCCCUCUGCUACGUCUUCACAUCCCUGGAGACCAAGGAUCCACAGCUGGAAGAAAUGGCAAAAUACGUGGAUUCCACUCUGGACCCUGGAGAUGAUACGGUGGCUGAGCCCUGGUCCCUCUCCCCCACUGUGCUGUCCGUCAUGCAUGAAAAAGCCAACAACUUCCGUGCCAUGGCUGCAGGUCUGAAGGGAAGCAGGGGUGUGAAGUUAUUCAUGGCUAUCUUGCCAAAUGCCAACUAUGAGGGCGCCAGCAUCUACCACUACCACAAUGGUGCACUGGUGACUGACGACUUCUCCAGGCCGAAGCCUCCUGAUAACCCAGAGAAGAUCACCAACAAACAUGACCUCAUGUGGUAUGCUGUUGACCUCACCUUGGACCUGAACACAGCCAACCCGUUCAUCGUUGUGUCCGACAACAACAAGAAAGCCACCUAUGGAGCAGACCAGAAGUACCCAGAUCAUCCAGAACGCUUUGACGAGUUGCACCAGGUGAUGUGCAGCGAGGGACUGACUGACCACUGCUACUGGGAGGUGGAAUGGAGCGAUGGGAUCUACACUGACGUCUCCAUUGCGGUAGCAUACAAGGAGACAGACCGGAAGAUAGGAGGUCUUAACUACUUUGGAAAAAACACCGAUUCCUGGUGUUUCGGCAAAUAUAACAUUCACAGUGCAUCCUUUUGGGGCCACGGUGAUGAGUGGUUAGAGACCCCACUGCCCUCCACUGGCAUCAAGCGAGUGGGGGUGUAUCUGGAUUGUCCAGGUGGCACUCUGAGCUUCUACAAGGUCUCCUCCUCUCAGCUGACUCACCUUCAUACUUUCUCUGACUCCUUCGGUCAUCCAGUUUUCCCAGGAUGCCGCCUGGAAAACGAAAGCACCUUCAUCCAAUUCUGCCCAGUUGAGUGAGUCAGCGCCACCAGCUGACCACCCUAAUUAUAAUUCUGAUAAGGUCAUUUCGUCGUCGGUCGUUUAAGGGUCUGGUGCCCACGGAUUGGUCAGUUGAUGAUGGUUGUGAUGCCAGUGAUUUUUUGGGGGAAAUAUGCAAUAAAGUCAAAUGACAGAUCAGUUUAAGUGAAAAUCAGAGUCUGACUGUUGUGAAACAGAAGUAAUGCAAGUACAAGCUGUUGUAAUGUGGAUGUAACCCUGGUUCUUCUUUCUGUCUUUCACUUGACUCAUCCAAACCCAGUGUGAUCCAGAGAUGUUGCUGGGAGAUUCAGUCAGUUCAAAACUUCAUCUUUCUUCCACAACUUAAACCAAUAAAAUCAACGGUGAAAACUAAUAUCCUAUUUACCACACAUGACCCCAUCCGUCCAUCCUCCUACCUCUACUCUCCCUGAAGGUUGUGUCGACCAUCAUCACCACUGCUGUCCUAGUAAUCGGCUUCA